AUGACUCGCUCCUCGUCACCCACUUUCGUCAUCACCCUCAUCUCACUCGUCGUCCUCCUCCUCUUUGUCAACUCGCUUCCUUUGGCCAAUGCAGCCGAUAGCUGUUCCGCCUCUUCACCCUGCUCUUCUUCCUCCUCGCCAUGCUGCUCCCAUUCGGGCUUCUGCGGUAGCGGUACUCUCUUUUGUGGGGGUGGCUGUAGUCCCUUGGCGUCCAAGACUGCCACGGACUGUAUGCCCAUGCCCGUGUGUAUAGACCGCAACGUGACUCUUACGCCGAGCGAUUACAACGACACGUCCCUCUUUGUACCCGUGCUACAAUAUGCGGGAAACGCCAGCCAGGGUCUCUUCACCCUUGAUGCUGGAUCUCUCGCAGCGGGACCAGAAGGGGUAAUGAUGCAGAUGACUGAGAAUUCAUUGGUGAAGCUGUCCACCACGGCCUAUAUCCUCUAUGGAGAGAUGGAAGUGACGUGUAGACAUACGGCCUAUCAAGGCGUAGUCGCGACCAUGAUCACCAUGAGUGACGUGUUAGAUGAAAUCGACUGGGAGUUUACCACGUCCAACUCUUCUGACGCACAAACCAAUUGGUUCCCACAAGGACGCAUUGUUUCGGGUUCUGGAAAAGACAGCCAGCCCACUUCGGGCACACUCGAUGUCAGCGAGUGGGUCACCUACGGUAUCAAUUGGCAGCCCGACCGUCUACAGUGGCUCAUCAAUGGAGCCGUAGUACGUACGCUCAAACGAACCGACUACAGUUACCCUAGCACGCCUACUAGGUUGCAAUUGUCUGUCUGGGCUGGAGGCAACUCGACGAAUGCUCAGGGAGUCAUCGAUUGGUCCGGAGGACCCAUCAGCUACACAAACUCGCAAUACACCACAAAUGGAUACUAUGGCAUGGAAAUCUCUUCCGUGUCGAUCAAAUGCGCAGAUACAUCCAUUGCCAACGUGUCCACCAUUGGUAAAGGCAGCAAUGGCCCCACCUCGUGGACCUACACGGGC